AGGAUUUACGCAAAAAGAAGCAUACAUGAAAAGUAUCGAAUGAACUUCCUUAUAGAAAAGAACAUUCUACCGCUCAUUAUAUAGUGACAAAGAAAAAAAAAAAAAAACACGAAAGGUGAGCAUAAGCCCAUUUUUGUCACGCGUAGUAAAAGUGAACAAUUUAAACAACGCAACAACACGAGGCUAGGAUAUUUAUUACGUCCCCAUCGAGUAUAACUUUAGAAAAAAAAAAAUGUCGACUAAUAAGAAAGUGCAGUCCCCCAAGGAGGAGAGCAUCGCGAAGAUGCUCAUCUGUAAGGUCCACAUCGGAACGAAGAACCUGGAAAAUAAAAUGAAGAGGUACGUAUACACCAGGGCGAAGGACGGCGUGCACAUCCUCAACUUAGCCAAGACGUAUGAGAAGCUCCAGCUGGCCGCAAGAAUUAUCGUAGCCAUUAACAACCCAGCAGAUGUAGUGGUAGUGUCAGCAAGACCAUUUGGAAGUAGAGCCGUUUUGAAAUUCGCUCAAUACACAGGAGCACAAGCCAUCGCAGGAAGGUGGACCCCUGGUAUGUUGACGAAUCAAAUUAUCCAGAAGUUUACUGAACCCAGAUUGCUAAUUGUAACGGAUCCAAGGACAGAUGCACAACCGGUUAAAGAAUCAGCCUAUGCAAACAUCCCUGUCAUUGCUCUGUGCGAUUCGGAUUCUCCCCUAGAGCAUGUAGACAUUGCUAUUCCUUGUAACAAUAAAGGAAAGGAAUCCAUUGCACUUAUGUACUGGCUGCUAGCACAAGAAGUUUUAUACCUCAAGGGAACCUUGCCAAGGUCGAAGCCAUGGAAGGUCAUGGUAGAUAUGUUCUUGUGGAGAGACCCCGAACAAUUUGAACUGAAAAAUUUAGCCAUAGAAGAAACGGCCCCCGCAGCUCCUCACUUGACUGAGAACCAAUUCGCCACGGAGGCUCCAUAUGAAGAGUGGAACAAGAAGGAAGAAUGGAAUGACAAUGCGAACGAGGAAUGGAAAAACCCAAUUGCAGCGGAAGAAUGGUAA